AUGCUCUCCCCGCUGCCCGUCUCGCUCCUCUUCCUGCUCUCCGUCCAUGCUUUCGUCAUUCCAAAGUCAGACGCGCAGGCGGUUGGCGCGCACAUGCCGCUAAAGCGGCGCAACAUGAAGGCCAGGUCCUUCGAAGAGAUGGGCCAGUGGGCCCGCGCACAGCGAGAACACCUCUCCAUGAAGUAUGCUGGUCGUGAUUCCAGGAAACGGAGUACGGGGACGAAUUUAAUCGUCAACCAGAACGCAGACUCCAGCUACUAUGGCUCCCUCGCCAUUGGCACGCCCCCCGUCUCCUUCGAUGUUAUUCUUGACACCGGAUCUGCCGAUCUGUGGGUAGCCGACUCCAACUGCAUAACGGGAUGCGACAACGUUGCGACGUUUGAUACGUCCUCAUCGUCAUCGUUCAACAACAAGUCGACGUCCUUCGACAUCACCUAUGGCAGCGGUCAAGCCGCCGGCUCCCUUGGUUCAGAUACGGUGCAGAUGGCGGGCUUCUCCGUCUCUGACCAAGUCUUCGGUGUGUGCGACCAGGUGUCGAGCGGGCUGCUCACUGCGCCUGUCUCUGGUCUGCUCGGUCUUGCGUUCCAAUCCAUAGCAUCAUCAAAGGCGACGCCAUUCUGGGAAGCACUCGUUUCUGGCGGCGCAUGGGAUGACCCUGUCAUGGCCUUCCACCUGACGCGCUUCUCAAACGACUCGCAAGUGCAGUCCCUUGAGUACGGCGGUUCCUUCACCAUGGGUUUUACGAACUCGAGUCUGUACACUGGAGAUAUCGAGUACACGGACGUUGUCGGCAGCACACAGACGUACUGGCUCGUCGAGAUGACCGGCCUGAAGUCGCAGAACAACGAUGUCUCGCUGCCUUCCGGCUCUGAGUCUUACGCUGCCAUCGACACCGGCACGACCCUCAUUGGCGGUCCCUCCGAGUACGUCGCGAAGAUCUACGAGAACAUUGAUGGCGCCAGCGCUGGGUCUGGCGACUAUGAGGGCUACUACACGUUCCCUUGUGACACGGAGGUCAACACUGCGCUCACGUUCGGUGGUCAGGACUGGUCUAUCAGCCCCGACGACUUCAUCGCUGGUCAGAUCAGCCGCACGGAGUGCCUUGGUGCAUUCUUCGACCUCGAUACCGGCAGCUCUGCCCCCUCGUGGAUCGUCGGUGACAGCUUCCUGAAAAACGUGUACUCGGUCUUCCGCUACAACCCCGCCUCGGUCGGCUUUGCCAAGCUUUCCGACACGGCGCUCGCAUACAAUGGGAACGACGACACGUCCGUGCCCAGUGCGACGAUUGGCUCCGUGGCGGCGCAGGUCUCGGCGACGUCGCUCGGCGGGCAGUCGGACAAGAACGACGGUGUGGUUGCGAAGCCGGCGGGUGUGGUCGCGGCGCUGGCGGUGGGCGCGGUGGCGCUGUUGGCGAGCUGCUAA